AUGGCCGGAGGCAAGUGGGGUGCCUUCGGGAGGGCAUUGGUCAGGAAGGGGGUGCUCGCUCCUGAGCAGUUGGAAGUUACCAAUCUUAGAAGAUGCUUAAAUCUGUGGGAUCUGACGGCUCUGGGUGUGGGGAGCACCCUGGGAGUGGGUGUGUACGUGCUGGUGGGUUCGGUGGCGCUGCAUUGGGCGGGCCCCUCCAUCGUGCUGUCGUUCCUAAUAGCGGCUGUUGCGUCAUUGUUUGCAGGUCUUUGCUACGCGGAGUUCGGAUCGCGGAUACCGAAGGCGGGUUCCGGUUACAUUUACGUCUACUUCACAGUCGGCGAGCUGGUCGCGUUCAUCGUCGGCUGGAACAUGAUACUUGAGUCGGCUUUUGGCGUCGCGAGUAUAGCUCGAGGUUUAAGCAUGCAUAUGGACUCGAUGCUCAACGGAUCGAUGUCCCACUGGUUCCUGGAAGUGGCACCGAUCAACUCGGCGCAUUUCUCCACUUACUUCGACGUGUUUUCGUUUCUUGUCGUCAUAGUACUUGGAGUAUUGCUGUCAUUCGGUGUACGCGAGUCGUCGGCUGUGAACAACGUGUUGGCGGGCACCAACAUGGUCGUAAUACUGUUCAUUGUGGUAGUUGGAGCUUUCAAAGCCGACCUCGGUAAUUGGAGCAUCCCACUAGAAGAUGUGCCCGAGGGCCAGGGAUCUGGUGGGUUCUUCCCGUACGGCGUUUGGGGCACACUGCGAGGCGCCGCCCUUUGCUUCUAUGGCUUCGUGGGAUUCGAUUCUAUUAACGCGAUGGCAGAGGAAGUGCGUGAGCCUCGGCGGGCGAUCCCCCACGCGAUCCUGAUGGCGCUGGCCAUCGCUCUGCUGGCCUACACGGGCGUCGCCGUCGUGGUCACGAUGAUGGUGCCGUACCACUUGCAGGAUCCGGUGUUUUCUGUGGCGACUGCGUUCGCAUACGCGGGCUGGGAGUGGGCGCGGUGGGCGGUUUCUGUGGGCGCCCUUUUUGGGAUCUCCGCAAGUCUUAUCGGCGCGCUGUUGCCUCUGCCGCGGCUGCUCUACGCCAUGGCGUCUGACGGUCUACUGUUCCCCUGGCUGGCCAAGGUCAGCGCCAGGCGAAAGUCCCCGGCGGUGGCCACGCUGCUGCCUACUUGCGUCAUAGCCAUCUUGGCCGGUGUACUCGAGUUGGAUCAGCUCGUCAUGAUGAUGUGCAUAGGAACGCUCCUCUCCUACACCAUAGUCGCCGCCUGCGUCGUUAUAUUAAGGUACGCGGCGGACGGUGAGAGGCACGGCCCUUUCGCGUGCGGCUCAAGAGGUCCAAACGUCCUCACCUCGCGGAUUGCCAACGGCACUCUCUUGUUGUUCAUAUGUGUUUGCCUGACAAUUGCUUUAGUGGCAAACUACUCGAAAGAACAACUCAUUGUGAUGGCAGCCCUGCACACUAUAUGUUUCCUGCUACUCAUCGUCAUCAUGGUGCUACCACAAACUAAUAUUGACUUGCCAUUCAAGACGCCCCUCGUCCCGAUUAUACCGUGCCUCAGCAUCUACAUUAACGUUCACCUCAUGAUUCUCAUCAACGUACAAACGUGGAUUCGUGUACUAAUCUGGAUUUUAAUUGGUAUUCCAGUGUAUUUGAUUUGUACAUUCUGCUGCGGGAGAGCCGACAGCAAGCACUUAAACGAUAAUACUAAAUCGACUUCGGAAGCGAGCAAGAACGGCAGACCGCCCGUUCAGAUAAUAGUUGAGUCGCCAACGCCUCCGGAUACUAUGAAAGUCCCUAGUAGCAGCGGAGGGGAUCGUAGCUUGAUAGUGAGCAACGGUAACGACGUCAGUGUAGCGCCAAUACAGGAAAUAAUUGUCAGAAAUAAAAUACCAUUCGUAACAGAAGAGAUAAUCGUCCAACAAGCGAUUGUCGAGGACAACGAAGAGAAGGAGGCGAAGAUUAUAGAUUUAUUAGAUCAAGUGUUGCAAGCGGAGGAAGAUUCCUAUGGAGAAAUAUUCAAUCUUAAGGAGCAAAUAGAAGUGGAGAAGGAUGAAGAAACGCCAAACGUUAUACAGAGGAAGUCAUUGAGUGAAUUGUCUGAUGCCGGAUCGGACGCAUCGUUGGGUAAUCAAGCAUUAUCUAAAUAUGAUGUUAUAGCGCAAGUGCAUAGAGAGGAUUUGCCAAAGGUCACUGAAGAGGAAGAGAGAAUUGAACAGGAAGUCGAUAACAACGAAGAAGUGACAAGAUUCAACGACAGCGAAACAAAUUCCAGAACAGACGAAUCCGGAUACUCGGACACAUUAGAUAGGAAUACAUUUAGCGAAUCCGUUGGAGACCUGAAGGAGGAUGCUCCAGUAAUACCAGUUCCACCGCCUUUAGACGAGAAUUACUUCGCAAAUCCAGGUUUUAAGAAAUCGUACACAAUUUCCUCGAGGCCCACCAAGACUUUAUUCGUUCCGACCGACGAAGAUAGUCAGCCAAGAGUUAGCGUGCAGUCGAACAGUUCUUUUGAAGAGGGUCCCAUGAUCUUCGGCAGCGACAAGCAAAUGAACUUCAUGUGCAAGUUAAACAACAUAUUCCAGACGAAAAUCUCCUCCACCAAUGACGGCGACGAGCUACGGAAGAGAUCGCAUUCUGCAGGAAACCUGACGGACAGCACACAGCAUGCCUUAGAUAGGGAGCGGCCGCAGAUAUUCUUAGACCUGAAGAAGGAAAUAGCGUCAAUGGAAACGGCGAUGAACUUGCGCCCCGUCAGCACUGAAGAAGAUACAGCAGAGCCAGAUACAGAUGACGAGGACAGCGGGUUAAGCAGAGAGGAUUUAAAAUCGAAACUGGAGAAUAUAUUCGCGGCCGGCGGACCCCGCUUGCCGAAAGCGCGCGUCAUGCAAUCCAACCCGCCCACGCCCGAAGAGUCUUACCAUACUGACAGCUCAAGCAUGGAGAGCGUUUCCAAAAUGCCAAAGGUGGACAAAAACGACACGUUGAAGAGACAGAAAGCAAAGUUCGGUGAAGUAUUGAAUUCGUUUAGAUUAAGUUUGAAUAAGGGCGACGAUGUG